AUCUCGGAUGGCGGCGUUCCGCCAUUCCCGUUAGCUCGGCCCCCGCGGAAGGGCUAACUCCCGGGUCCCGUGGAAGGCCAUCCCGGCUCGCAGGGGCGCUCUGGCGCUCCCUGUGCCCAGGCUGCUCAAAGGUUGAAUCCCCUCCUCCCCUUUAGAGGUUGUCAUUGGAGCGGGCCGGAAGGCGCGCCGCCAUUGCUGUGGCCUCAGGGCCGUCCCCGGGUGGAUUUCUGCAGGCUUUGUUUAGUAGUCAACCCCACCCACCGGAAUCUCUCGGGGCGGCCUGGUUCCUCUCGCUGGCCCUCCCCCCCGGGAUCCUAACGCGGCUGCCUAAAAACAACGUCCAGCCAGCGUUUCGUGUCCUACCCCCUACCCCAGAGGCCCGUCCUUUCCCUUCUGAGCCAGGGCCUUGAAGCCCGACCGAUAAGUUUAGCCUGGAGCUAGACAUUUUCUCAUUUUUCCCUCCUGGAUGGUGAGAGAGAUUUAUAGACUGCUGGUCUGUUCCCUAAGCUUCUGGAAAAUUUCACAGUAAACUUUCCUGUCCUUUUUCUUCACGUUUGGACGAUUUUAGUGCAGAUGUGUGUAUGCCCUUCCUAUGAUUGCGUAUUCCCAGGCGUCUGCGUGCAUUCAGGCAACGCAUGGGUCUGUCAUUGAACCUGAAGCUCACCAGUUCAGCUAGACUGCCUGGCCAGUGAACUCCAAACACUGAUCUGUCUCUCCCUCCCUUCCCGUUGCUGGAAUUACAGAAAGUAUUUGCUGGCCUCCUGACCUAGAAAGACAGCUGGAUACAGUGAGUGAGUAUAAGCAAGUUGCUGUAGAGUGACAAGAAAAGAACCUCACAAGCUAAAAGAAGAGAAAGUAUCUUGGACAUUGUGUGACAGAAGAGAAUAUCUCCUAAGAGCUUGUCAGCUGUGGAAAUGUCUGACAAGAACCAGAUCAUUGCCAGGGCUUCCUUGAUUGAGCAACUGGUGUCUAAAAGGUAUUUUGAGGAUAUUGGUAAACAGCUUACUGAGCUAGAAAUGAUUUAUGUGUCUAAGGAGCAUCUGCAGGAGACAGAUAUAGUCAGAGCUGUUUACAGAGUCCUCAAAACCUGCCCAUCAGUGGCUUUAAAAAAGAAGGCCAAGCGUCUGCUGGCCAAGUGGAGAGGUUUCUAUAAGAGUACACACUUCAAACCAAGGCAAAGCCCUAAAGUACUCCAUACAAAUGUUAAUAAAGAAGAAAGUGUAGCAAUUUCUCAGAAUGUAAGCCAGGAUGAAACAUCAGGCUCUAGCCAUAGUGAGAUAAUGGGUCUCUGCAGUUCUCUCUCUAGGCUGUUACCCCAGGAUGCUGCAAAGCCUGCUGCAGCAAUUUUGUCUGAAUGUAGCACUGCUCAAAUGGAAAUUAAUGAAGGAUAUUUGAAGGGUGAUGACUCUGAAUGCACUAGCAAGAGCUCACAUGUGUUUCAAGGUACCUUAGUGUCUGUGAGAUCUAAGUGCGUAGAACUUCUUUUUACAGCAUUAGCUAGUUCUUGCACAGAUCACACAGAAGUUCACAUAUGGCAGAACUUAGCAAGAGAAAUUGAAGAGCACAUUUUUAGCCUUCAUUCAAACAAUAUCAAAAAAUAUAAAACUAGUAUUCGAAGCAAAGUUGCCAAUUUGAAAAACCCCAGAAAUUUUCAUUUACAACAAAACUUCCUCUCUGGAGCCAUGUCUGCAAAGGAGUUUGCUGAAAUGACUGCCUUGGACAUGGCAAACCAGGAACUCAAGCAACUGAGAGCUUCCUACACAGAAUCCAGCAUUCAGGAACAUUGCCUCCCCGAAGCAGUUGAUGGCACGUGGACAGAUAAAAUUAAGUGUAGGCGCUGUGAUAAAUACAACUGCAAGGUCACUGUGAUUGCCAGAGGGACACUUUUCCUUCCAAGUUGGGUGCAGAAUUCAAACCCAGAUGAACAAAUGACCUAUGUCAUUUGUAAUGAAUGUGGGGAGCAGUGGUACCAUAACAACUGGGUGUGCUUGUGAUUUGUAAAUAAUCCUUUCAAGGGCAUAUGUUUUAUAUGUAUAACCUAACCUUUUGUGUGCUCGGGUUUUUUUUUUUUUUAAACAAAAUCUUAAUCUUAUUUUUCGCCUUCGGGAUUUUGGUUCCUGAAAGAUGUCAUUAUAUAGCCAAAGGUGGCCCAAUCUCAUGAGUGCUUGCAUUACAGGUACAUCUGGCUUUAUAUACUGUUCUUACUACAAUCCUAAGACUAAGGAAAGAGAGUUGUUUACCAGAGUGUAGGCCAUAGAAAGCUAUCACAUUGUACUUUGUGGCCACUUAGUGCUUUGCUCAGAGUGGCACUGUAGCUCCACACUGCCUGAGAGCAUGUUAGAGAUGAAGACUCUUGCCUGAUGCUCCUUAAGUCCUGAUGUGCAUUUUAAUGGCACUAGUUGUUAGAGGAAGUUCACUCCUUCAAUCUCAACAUUUAUUUACAUACUAACUGAAGAGAGAAUCACUUCUCUUAGGUCUUUGUAAACAGUGUUUACUGAUUUGUAUGCUUAUUCACAAGCCUUUUUAUGUGACCAUGACUAAUUUUUUUCCUUAAAAGUUAUGAAAUGAUUGUCUUUCUGAGUUUUGAUGGUUUUUUUACCAUGUAAAGCAAUUUUAUACACAAUCAACAUAAAACCUUGCAUAUACAUGCUCCUUUUACAGUUGAUCAGGUGAUUAGAUAUACAUUUUCUCUUUUGUUGUUUGACAAUAUGUGAAGAAUUUCUAUUUUUAUAAGACUAGCUUCACUCUGUAGCCUAAGCUGGGUUCAAAUUCACACUGGCUGGCCUUAACCUCCAGAGUGCUAUGAUUGGCAGUGUAAGAUACCAUUCAUUGAUUUUAUCAUAUCAAAGAGUUUUUCUUAGUUCCAUAUAAACUCAUAUUUUCACUAGUUAUUAUACCCUAACUGCCCAGUAUUCCUUCAAUGGGAUCUGUAGGCUUUUCUUUAUAUAUAUUUUUUCCUCCAUAUGACAGUUACCCAAUGGUUGCAUAAAACUAGCAAACAUUUCUGUUUUCGAUUUUUUGAAGAAAUCAACUUGAAGCUGUCAAGUCUGAAUUAUAUUUUGUUACAUUUUCUCAAUAUGGCAUUCCAGGGCUGUUCACCAUGAUGCAAUGUGUUAGUCCUUUAAAGAGUAACUUACAAAGUCAUCAAAAACUCAAAAGUUUCACAAAAUGUGGUUUCAUGUGACUUGGAAUGAUCUUAAAACCUAGACAGUGGUUUUGUAAGAGCACACACAGCAUAUAAAAACCUUGUUUAAUUUGUUCAAAUCAGUUUGAUGUUUGGAUUUUCUAUGUAACUAUGUAUGGUUUUUUAUAUUGAGAUUUUGUA